GUAUCAAUCAAUAAAGUUAAGGUUUAUCGACACCAACGUCAUUCUCUCGCUCGUGAGUUUCUAGAAAACCCCUAGAACAGAGGGAAUCUGUUUAUCAAUUGGUAUCAGAGCCAUGGUCCUCGACCUAGCCGAGAUCCGCGAGCUGAAGUUACGAUCGAUAGCACUACGCCGGGAUAUCGUGGCGACUUGUACAGAAGCGGUCGUAACAUUGAAGCAACUCAAGGCACGAUGCCGCGAGUGGGAGCUGAACGAUGAUCGCGCAACUAUCCCCGCAGGGAAGCGCAAUGAUGGCGACGUAGCCCGCGUCGACGCCAAUGGAAUCAGGGCAACGGAGGAUAUCAAGAUCUCCGUCAACAAGAUCGGCGUGAAGGAAGCAGUGCGCAAAGGUGUAUCCCAUUUAAGUGAGGAUAUCAUCCCUCAAUCUGAAAGAUCCGUGAAGAAAGUAGCAGUUGAAACUCGAUCCGUGGGAGGUGAAGUUGUUGUUCAGCAAGGAAGCUACGAGAAGGAGGUCAUCGCAGCUAGAGCUCAAUCCAAGGGAGACGGUGCUGAAGGAAGUUUGCUGGGUUUGGUCGAUAGGCAGCCAACAACAUGUCGUGCGCCGGUGGUUCGCUUGGAAUUUGAUGACCCAGUGAUAAUUUUGUGAAGACCACUGCUUGUUCCUCCACAUAGACGAGCAACGCAGAGGUUUAUUUGGGGCCAAGAUGAUGUACAUGGUGGAGGUCUUCCACGAAUCUUUCAAUGUGGUCUAAGAUAUAGGAAGUGGGACAUGGUUCGUACAAGAGGCUGGAAGUUUUGGAAGCGACCAAAGCCUCAACGUCGCCGCAAGAGUUGCUGUUGUCAUCGUCGUAGACCGCCUAGGCAUGGAUCGAACCUUGGAGACCAAGGUUCUUUGAGGGGGAUGGAUUGAUGAGUAGAUUUUUGGUUUGGGCUUUUUGGGUUGGGUUAGGGUGUUUUCCUUUUGGGUCGAGUUUUCCUUUUGUGUUUGGGAGGGGGUAGCCGAAUAGGGGUAGGACUAGGUUACAUAUUAGGCUUUCGUGAGUCUAUAAAUAUGUAACUUGGGCAUUAGUUCCGUAUCAAUCAAUAAAGUUAAGGUUUAUCG